AUGCCCAGUUCCACGGCGAUGGCAGUUGGCGCGCUCUCCAGUUCCCUUCUGGUCACCUGCUGCCUGAUGGUGGCUCUGUGCAGUCCAAGCAUCCCCUUGGAGAAGCUGGCCCAGGCACCUGAGCAGCAAGGCCAGGAGAAGCGCGAGCACGCGUCUCGGGACAGCCCGGGGCGGGUGAGCGAGCUCGGGCGCCCCGCGAGGGACGAGGGAGGCAGCGGCCGGGACUGGAAGAGCAAGGGUGGCCGCGGACUCGCCGGCAAGGAGGCGUGGAGCAAGCAAAAGCAGGCCUGGGCCCCCCAGGGCGGGGGUGCCAAGACCGGCGACCUGCAGGUCCGGCCCCGCGGGGACACCCCGCAGGUAGAGCCGCCGGCCGCCGUUGCCGCCCUGGCCCAGGACGCUACCAGCCCGGAACUCUCACCCACGCCAGAACCGCUAGAGGAGUACGCAUACCCGGACUACCGCGGCAAAGGCUGCGUGGACGAGAGCGGCUUCGUGUACGCGAUCGGAGAGAAGUUCGCGCCGGGCCCCUCGGCCUGCCCGUGCCUGUGCACCGAGGAGGGGCCGCUGUGCGCGCAGCCCGAGUGCCCUCGGCUGCACCCGCGUUGCAUCCACGUCGACACAAGCCAGUGCUGCCCGCAAUGCAAAGAGAGGAAGAACUACUGUGAGUUCCGGGGCAAGACCUACCAGACUCUGGAGGAGUUCGUGGUGUCUCCCUGCGAACGGUGCCGCUGUGAAGCCAGCGGGGAAGUGCUGUGCACAGUGUCCGCGUGUCCUCAGACGGAGUGCGUGGACCCCGUGUACGAGCCCGACCAGUGCUGCCCGAUCUGCAAAAACGGUCCAAACUGCUUUGCAGAAACUGCUGUCAUACCAGCUGGAAGGGAAGUGAAGACUGACGAAUGCACCAUUUGUCACUGCACGUACGAGGAAGGCACGUGGCGAAUCGAACGGCAAGCCAUGUGCACCAGGCAUGAGUGCAAACAAAUGUAGACCAUGUACAAUACAAAACUGAUGUUUUUCUAGGAUAUUUUACUGAAGCGAACAUUCUAGUUGACCCUGGGAAAUAUAAAUCAAAAGAAGACCUUUGAUGAGGAAUAAUGGAAAAUU